AGUCGAACAGCAGUCGGCGGCGCGGUCGCACCUCUGGAGCGCUAGUUCCGUGUGUCGAGAACGCUCCACAAGUUCACGUGUGGGGGCUGUCGUGUAAACUUUGACUGGAAGAUUGUACGUUGGUGAAUAUUUUUGGAAAAGAAGCUCGUAAGGAGUGGGUAGGAGGAUUGGUGGUCAGAACUACACGUGUGAAGAAGUGCGGUGCGUGAUCAUCCGGCCUUGGUUUUUGCGUGUUAAACGUCCCACAAAAACUGAACGGAAGGUCAUUGGCAGUGAGAUGCCCGCACCGUGUCUCCAAACAGCUUGAAGUGACUCGUGUGACGUUUGUUUCGCUAGCGUGACGAGCCGUUAUCUGGUGUCAUCCGUCGUGACGCACCGGGACGGCGACCGUCACGCUCGUGACCUCUUCGUGACAAUGGUGGCCGUUCGUCGUUUGCCCCGCGAUUUGCGGAGACUGCUUCCGCUGGCGUUUCUUAUCGGGUGUUCACUGCUUAGUAUAAUCUACGUGAGGUCAUAUAGACAAGGUUGGCCUGUGUCACAGCCCUAUCACACACGGAAAGUGGGCUCCAUUGAUGAACAGCGCGGGUCAAGCGCCGAGGAAGGGAUACAGACUGCAAAAGGAACGGCCAAAUCACAGCAUGGGUCAAACAGAGCCGCACCGGAAGCGUCCACUUCCGGCGAUGGUGAGGUGCGCGUGCGACUGCAGCAGCAGCCGGUUCGCUGGCCCUGGGAGGGAGUCGAGGGCUGCAGUCAGUAUGGAAUCAGAUUUGCGGAGCGUGGCACGUUGCCUAUCGUGGCCCUCAGCAGCUACCCGGGAUCUGGCAACACCUGGACACGCUACAUGCUCGAACUGGCAUCGGGCGUGUUCACCGGCAGCAUCUACUACGAUAUGGGCCUGUACAGCAUCGGCUACUGGGGCGAGCUCUCCAGUCCGGAGGAGGGUACCACCAUCGUGCAGAAGGUGCACGACUUUGGUGACGACCAGGUGCAGCGCUUCAACAGGACGGCCAUCGUGAUCGUGCGCAACCCGUACCGGGCCGUGCUGAGCUUCCACAACUACCUGUUCGGCGGCCACAAGGGCAUGGCGCCCUCCUCCAACUACCUCAGGAAGGGCUGGCGCACCUUCGUCAUGAAGCAGGUCUUCGAGUGGAGCGCUCACGUGCAAAAGUGGACAGAGCCCGGAAAUCGAGUGCUCGUUGUUCAUUAUGAGCAUCUCAAGAGCGACCCGGUCGGACAGCUGAGGAGAAUGCUGAAAUUCCUCAACUGGCCGAUUGAUGAAGAAAGGCUCAAAUGUGUGCAGGAGGAUGCGGACGGCGUAGCUCACCGCCACCCUCCCCACUUCCCCGCCGAUGUGGAGCCGUUCCCCGACGAUGUCAGGGAGAUUGUCGAACACGGCGUGGGCUAUGUGAAUCAGCUGCUACGGAGGCGCGGUCAUCCGCCACUACCGCUGGAUAGAUACAGCCGCUCCUCCGGUGAACGUCUGGAGGAGUGCUACGCCGAGGAGGACUUCCCCUCGUGCCUGGCUCGAGUAGACGCCAUGAACCCUCCGGCGCCUGCCCCGAGCUUCCUGGCGCGCGCUACGGAUCUCUUCAGCCGCCUGCUGGGGGAUCCACUGAGGGUGAACCUCCGCAGUGGACUGGGCACGGCCAGCGCCCCGCCGGCUCUGGAGGACGUGCCCGGAGCGGCCGCGCUGAGGGCCGACUGGAACGUGUUCGAGAUGAGCAGGCAGGAGUUGUGAGAGGUGGGAGAGGGUAGGAGGAGGGGGGAGGAGGUGCUUCGGUACUGCAUCCGGAUGCUGAAAUAUCACUUCGGUACCUUACCUUGGAAACUUCGCGAGUGGAAGGUAGAAGCUACGUAUGCUUGAAGCUCUGUGAGCUACAAGCUCUGUAUGCGAGAAGUGUUGUAUGCUAGGAGCUAUGUAUGCUAGAAGUUCUGUACGCUUGAGACCUUGUAUGCUAGAAGCUGUGUUCGCUAGCUUUGCAUGCUGCAAGCUCCGUAAAUGCUAGGAGCUUCGUAUGCUAGAAGCUUUGUAUGUUAGCAGUGCUGUGCAUAAGUUCUGUUUGCUAGAAGCUUUGUUUCCAGAGGCUCGGAAUUCCAAGAAGCUUUGUAUGGAAAUGUGUGAUUUUGUAGUUUUGCGGUGCUCUUGACUUCUGUAAUUCUAGAGAUCUAGAAUUCUGACCCUUCCGAGCUCCUGUGUCAUGGAGUGGUGUAAUUAUUGGAAUGUGAACUUCCGGAAUUAUGGAGUUCUGGAACCGUCAUAAAUCUAAAGCCCUCAGAAAUCUGAGCCCCUCACUUAGAGGAUGAAACUGAGACUAGACGGAUGUUAAAAUGCAAGCGAACAGGGGUCAGUGCAUGACGAAUGUCAGAAUAAUGAUAAAUCAAAAGGAGGCAAAGGUACGCAUGCUAAGGACUAGGAUGGAUAUUAUAUUACCGAUGUACCUUUUAAGACAGAAGGAUGAUGCAACUGAGCUGAUGUAAGACAGAGAAAAUUGGAAAUGGUAGAGAGCAGCUUUCCAUUUCCAUUUUACCUGAAGCCGAGAGAGGUGGCGUUAUACCUCGGUGCUCUCUCAGUCUCAGGAUAUGUGACAUCAUGAGACGUCACAUCUUUGAGGUGCUGUAUGACGUCACAUCUAGAGGUGUAUUUCGUGACAUCUAUGUGAAGUUAUAUGACGUCACAUUAAGAGUUGCGUGAUAUUAGACCAUAUUUCGGUCAUCUUAGAUGAGACGGCUAUCUUCAGAGAAGAUCGGAAUGUCAAAUAAGCUCAUGAAGGUUGAUGGUGCAAAGAAGCUUCAUGAAGUAUGAAGUUGGCCUAACAGCAAAUGUGCAGCAGCAAAUGUAUCCUUCUAUGGAAGAUACAAUAUCUUCAAUUUUGUAUAGAAAAGAACAAAACAGUUUAGUUGGAUGAUGAUAAAAUGCAUGACUAACACCGUAUUUGUGACAAAUAAGAUAGAAUUAGGUAGUAACAGUUUUGGGCUCUAGGUCAGAGCUUUGCCGGUGUGCGCGGUAUAAUUAAGUGUUAAGUGUCCUUUUUUACGCGGUCGUCCGGACGCGCGAAAGUUGGUGCUCGGCUAUGAACGCAUACUGACUGACGAGAACGUGUAUACAGGGUGUAUACGAGAAUGGUGUACGGGGUCAUGUCAGUGAUUAAAAACGUCAAAUCGUGUGAAAUAUACAAAUGCGCUGAUUUGAUAAGUGGAUGGUCAGAAAUGCGAACAAAUAACAAAA